CUGUUGUCAAUGAAUGCAAACUACAAAAAUAACAGUUUCUUUACCUCAACGAGUUUCCAUUUUAUUUACAGUCGUAUUUCAAUAAAAAUUUGUGUUUUAAUAUUUUACUUUAAUUUGCAGAUUCAAAAUGGAUUCAAAAGGCUCCAAAAAGAUGGACUCUAAAUUUGUGAGCCUUAUUUUCAUUUGCUGUAUCAACUUGACCAGAUCAGUUGAUUGUUCACCACCAACUAAAAAACCCUUGCCAUUAAUGGUUGUUUGGCAUGUCGCUGGUGGAGGUACGUCGGCUGAGCUAACUGUAGACACUGUUUUGAGCUUAGAAAAGUACGGUGCUAAAGUUAAAUUAGUUCAAAUUGGAGCUGAAGAGCAUGAAUGGGACAUUACCCUUCACAUGAAACUGGAUAAACAAGUGAUGAAUGUUUGUCGUCAACUAACCAAUGAUCCUGAAUUGAAAAACGGAUUUGCUUUGAUCGGACUUUCUUUAGGUGGAACUGCAGCAAGAGGUUUAGUUCAGAUGUGUCCAGAACUUAAUAUCACUGAUGUAAUAUCUAUAUGUGGACCACAACAAGGAAUGUUUGACAUACCUAGUUGUCAAAUGAUACCAGAAAACUUUGCCGUCAUUUGUGAUAAACUGAAUAAAGUAAAAGAAGCUGCAGCUCCAUUUCACCGAGUUUGAUACACCUUCAAUAUUCACGCCUGCAAUGAAUGCAGUGAAAGACAAUUAUACCUUACCCUCACUUUGGGUUGAUCCAAACGCCUCUCCUCCUCCAGUUGAUAACUUCAUGAACCUCAUCAACAAUAGACUUGAAACUAAAUUUCCAAAGGAGAAACUUUUCAAAAUUCAAAUAUUCAUUGCUGUUUGGUGUAGCGGAGAUACUGGAGAUACUAUUAUGAAGCCUAAAGAGUCACCCAUGUUUGGCUGGUUCAAAGAGGGUUCAGAAACUGAAAUCAUACCAUACAAUGAGACUGAUUUAUAUACUGAGGAUUACAUUGGAUUGAAAGAUUUGGACGAGCAGGGUCGAUACUUUACUGUUGAAUGUCCAUACGAACACAUGGAAUAUCCAAAUGAAUGGUUUGAGAAAGAUGUUAUUGAAAAAUUUUAUGAUGUUUAAAUUAUUCAAUCAUUUUGUGUUCUCCUACUAGUAUCAUAUGAAUCUUCUUCAAGCUCAACAUAUUAACUCGCAAACUUUCAACACUGACAUAAAGAUCACUCUUUGUCACAAGAUUAGUUUUUAAAAAA